AUGAGGAAAAUCCUGCACUCGAACAAGCUGCUGAAGGAGAAUGGGGACAUGCUGAGGCGGAGGUUCCACGUGGGUGGGUGCGCGGGCAGCGACAACUUCAACCCCAGCAUGGCUGCCUACAUUGAGGGCGCCUACCGGAUGUGGCGCCAGGACAGGAACUCGCUGCACAAGUCGUGGGACGUCUACUUCGCGGAGAUGGCGGAAGAAGCGGGGCCGCUGGGGAGCGCCCCCCCGCGCGUGCUGAGCACGAGGGAGGUUCGAAGCAGAAUGGGAGCGAGUGUACCACAGAACCGCAGCAGUAGCAACCUCCGAAUCACGUACGUGAAUAAGGAGAUGCUGGAUAAGGGGAGGAUGGGGAACAUCUACGACAUCGCGCGAAUAGUGCAGCUGAUCCGGUGGUACCAGAAGAAGGGGCACCUGUAUGCAAACAUCAACCCGCUGCCCCUGCCGAAUGUGCCUCCAUACAGCAGCGUGGUGAAUGAAAGGGACAAGAACAAAAUGAGCUACUCAGAUUUUGGGUUCACACAAGAUGACUUAGAUGCAGAAUUUGAAUUCGACUUGCCAUCCAUCACUGGUUUUUCUAGCAACAAAAAAGAGACAAGCACAUUGAGGAGUCUAAUCGACAGGCUAGAACAAACCUACUGCGGGACCAUCGGAUUUGAGUACAUGCACAUAACAGAUGAAAGUGUUGUAAACUACAUCGUGAAGAGGAUUGAAAGGGAUAGGAAGUUCCAGUAUGAUAGGAAGACCAAAAGGAAAAUCUUAGAGAACACCGCUAGAGCGUUUAUUUUUGAAAAUUACAUGGCUGCUAAAUUCGCGACGACGAAACGGUUUGGAGUAGACGGAUGCGAGACGUUGAUUACCGGGAUGAAGGCACUCAUCUCGAGAGCAGCGAUGGUACACACAGAGAGUGUGCUCAUGAGUAUGUCCCACAGAGGAAGACUAAACGUGCUCUUCAACGUACUGCAUAAGCCACUGGAAAAUAUGAUGUGCGAAUUUAGAGGCAAAACGGGGUUUACAGACAACAUAUGGGGAAACACGGGAGAUGUGAAAUACCACCUGGGGGUGGAAAUAGACCAUUUCGAUGAGGAGUCCAAUCGGUACAUCCACAUGGGAAUUGUAGACAAUUCGUCACAUCUAGAAUCGGUAGAUCCCAUUUUGAUGGGACAAGCCAGAGCACAACAGUACUACUGCAAUGAUAAGGAGAAGGAAAAGGUCCUCCCGAUAACGAUUCACGGGGAUGCAUCUAUCGCCGGACAAGGGAUAGCAUACGAAACAUUGCAAAUGUCCAAGCUACCCAGCUACAACGUCGGAGGGACCAUCCACAUUGUGGUGAAUAACCAAAUUGGGUUCACCACUUACCCGGUAGAUGCACGGUCAGGCAAGUAUUGCACAGACAUCGCCAAGUGCAUAGACAUCCCAAUCAUCCACGUGAAUGCAGAUGACCCAGAGGCAGUCACCUACGUCUUCGAGUUAGCACUUGACAUAAGGAACAAAUUCCACAUAGAUACCAUCAUAGAUAUCGUAGGGUAUAGACGCUUCGGGCACAACGAGCUAGACAUGCCCAAGUUUACCAACCCGUUGCUCUACGAUAUAAUUACGAGGCACGAAUCUGUGUUGGACCUCUACAGUAAGAAGCUCAUCCGGGAGGGGGUAAUCUCCCUCGAGGAGUUUGAGCAGAACAAGGCGAAGAUAUAUAACCUAUAUGAAGAGGUGUAUGAGAAAUCGAAGUCCUUCGUGCCAACCCCGAAGGAGAAGUACCUCCCCCAGUGGGAACACAUGGUAACGCCGCAGAAGUUUUCCCCCUCUAGAAAGACAGGCGUGGAGAGGAAGGUCCUUCUCGAUUUAGGAAAGCAGAUAUUCACCAUAAGGGAGAACUUCCAUGCCCAUCCGAUCAUUGCCAAACUGUUUAAGGGACGCAUUGAUAGUCUGCAAACAGGAAAGAAUAUCGACUUUGGGACAGCUGAACUGUUGGCUUAUGCGACGCUUCUCUCCGAUGGAUUUCACGCGAGACUCUCCGGACAAGACUCCCAAAGGGGGACCUUCUCCCACAGACAUGCGGUGCUCCACGACCAGGUUACCUACGAAUCGUACAACAUCUUUGGAUCGUUAAAAACGCCCCACAGUAUUGAGGUGAAUAACUCGCUGCUCUCCGAGUAUGCCGCGCUAGGCUUCGAAAUCGGUUACAGCUACGAACACCCAGAUGCCCUCGUCGUUUGGGAAGCCCAAUUUGGUGACUUUGCCAAUGGGGCUCAAGUAAUGAUAGAUAAUUACAUCGCUUCGGGAGAGACCAAGUGGAAUAAGCAGUCCGGCAUCGUCAUGUUCCUCCCUCAUGGGUAUGAUGGGCAAGGCCCAGAACACUCCUCCGCUCGAAUAGAACGAUUUCUACAGCUCUGUGAUGAUAGGGAGGAUAUCGCUACCUACUCUGUAGAGAAAGACAAAACGAUUAUACAGCAACACAACAUGCAGGUGAUUAACUGUACCAAGCCGUCUAACCUCUUCCACGCGUUGAGGAGACAAAUGCACAGGUCGUUUAGGAAGCCCCUCAUUGCAAUCACUCCUAAGAAAAUGCUAAAAAUGAGAAUGGCCUUUGAUACGAUCGAAAAUUUCCUCCCCCCUACUGAGUUCUUGCCCUACCUCCCCGAACAACAAGAGCACAAACUCAACGAUAAGGAGCACAUCAAACGGAUUAUCCUCUGCUCAGGACAAGUCUACUACGACCUACUCAAUUAUAGAGAAGCCAAUGAGAUUAAAGACGUUGCCAUAGCCACCAUUGAGCAGCUGUCUCCCUUCCCCUUUAAGCAGUUCAUGCAGGAUUUGCAGCGCUACCCCAACUUGAGGGACGUCAUUUGGGUUCAAGAAGAACACAUGAAUAUGGGGCCCUGGUUCUACGUCUCCCGGCGAAUCGAGGCAGCCAUUCAGCAGCUCAAGAGGGACAACCCCGGCUGGGACAUCGCCGUGCCGCAGGUCUUCUACACGGGCAGGGACGUCUACGCCGCCCAGUCCGCCGGGGACCUCAACCUGCACCUCUACCAGCUCGACGAGUUCCUGCUCGACGCCUUCAACCUCUCCAAGGCGCACCACAUGCACGCGCAUAAGUACGCCGCGGUGGGGGAGCGGCGUAGCGGCGUAGCCGGGGAAGAGGAGCAACGCAGCGGUGGAAAAGCAGACGCGUUGUAA